AUGUUGGAGAACUACGUAAGACCACUUCACAGGAGUGUUGGAGAAACUCGUCGUAAGAACGCCGAAGAACAUAAGACCAUUUCACAAGACCUCUUCACAGAAACGUCGGAAAAACAUAAGAAUGACAAGCUUAAAUCUAAAGAUGACAUCAACGAUGAUGUUACUAUAAAAAAAAGUUUAGUAAGCGAAGAAAUUCUACAGAUUCAUCAUUUCACGGUUCUAGAAAUUCCAGAAUAUAGAAACUUUACAGCAAUUGAUUUACUAUAA